UUCACACUGACUAGACUUGAAAGAUACCGGGUGGUCAGAGAAUUUUCAGUCUGGAAUUUAGCAUCCCUGUCCUGAACAGCAGAGCCUGGGCUGGUGUAAACGACUCAUACAGACCAAGGCACUAUCCAGAAUCACCUCUUUUAUUUCCAGUGGACAACUGUGAUUAGAAAAGCACCUGUGACAAAAUUCAAGAAAAUUUGCUAUAAAUGAAUAACAACUCAACAUGUAUUCAACCAUCCAGGAUCUCUUCCAUGGCUCUACCAAUCAUGUAUACCUUCCUCUGCAUCAUUGGUCUCUUUGGAAAUUCUCUCUCUCAAUGGGUAUUCCUAACAAAAAUAGGCAAGAAGACAUCGACGCACAUCUACCUAGCACAUCUUGUGACUGCGAACUUGCUUGUGUGUAGUGCCAUGCCUUUCAUGGGUAUCUAUUUCCUGAAAGGUUUUCAAUGGGAAUAUCGAUCUGUACGAUGCACAGUGGUCAAUUUUUUGGGUACUCUAUCCAUGCACGUGAGUAUGUUUGUCAGUGUCUUAAUUUUAAGUUGGAUUGCCAUAAGCCGCUAUGCCACCUUAAUGAAAAAGGAUUCAGUCCAAGAGACCACUUCGUGCUAUGAGAGAGUAUUUUAUGGCCACUUACUGAAAAAAUUUCGCCAGCCCAACUUUGCUAGAAAACUGUGUGUUUACAUAUGGGGAGUUGUACUCGGCAUAAUUAUUCCAGUUAUCAUAUACUACUCAGUUGUAGAGGCUACAAAAGGAGAAGAGAACGUGUGCUAUAAUCGGCAGACAGAACUAGGCGCUGUGAUCUCUCAGACCGCAGGUCUCAUUGGAACCACAUUUAUUGGAUUUUCAUUUUUAGUUGUACUAACAUCAUACUACUCUUUUGUCAGCCAUCUGAGAAAAAUAAGGACCUGCACUUCCAUUACGGAGAAAGAUUUGACUUACAAUUCUGUGAAAAGGCAUCUUUUGGUCAUCCAGGUUCUGCUAAUAGUUUGCUUCCUUCCAUAUAGCAUUUUUAAGCCCAUUUUUUAUGUUCUGCACCAGAGAGGGAACUGUCAGCAACUGAAUUAUUUAAUCGAAAUAAAAAACAUCCUCACCUGUCUUGCAUCAGCCAGAAGCAGCACAGACCCCAUUAUAUUUCUUUUUUUAGAUAAAACGUUCAAAAAGACACUAUAUAAUCUCUUUACAAAAUCUGAUUCACCACAUAUACAACCCUAUAGUUGACUUCUGACUAGAAAACACCAGCAAAUAGAAAAGUGUUUGUGUGGCGAUUUAGGGAUACUGGGCUACAUGAUUAACAGGUCACAGCUUGAUUGAGAUAGCAGGCCCUAAGAAACCGUCUUUGGUUUUAGAAAUAACCAUAAAAUUCACUUUCCAGCUCUACUAAUACUGUAAGUUGAGAUGUCAGAGACUUUCAGAGGCAAAAGUCAAGCAUAUUAAAAGGAUCUCACUGCAUAUGAAAGCAAGAGACCAUUUUCUCUUUCAACUCAACUGUGUAUGCUUUUAUUCAGAACAAAACAUUUCAUGACUGUAGGAUAAAGCAGCAAAUGGUUUAUGACUUUUCUCCUUUCUAGUAGUGGCAAUAUAAGGGCCCAUCUGGGCCUAGGGUUUUGUUGGUAACUUUAAAAAUGAGUAAAAGAAAAAAAGUCAGUCAGAAAUUUCCUCACCAAAGUCCUAUCUAGAUGUAUGAAUAGUAGAGUGUAAAAAGCCAAGGCUUUAUAAAUGCCCUAUUUUGUAUUGUCUGCUCAUGUUACUGUGAGACCAAUAAUCAUCGAUUCCAGCAUUUAUUACGCCAGUGUUUUUAUAUAUUUGGGUUAGGCUUGGUCGAAAUAAAAGGCUAAUACAAUGUC